ACGUAGGGAAAGUCUGCGCAUGCGCGGUGGAGUCGCCUCCGUCGCGUUCCCCUUCAGGCUGUCCUCUCGCGCUGCACACACACGCUCCGUCGGGGACAUCGACACGGUAAACACGAUCAUGUGUGAGAAAGGACAGAAGGAGAAAGGAAGCAGUGAGAGCUGCCAUCACUGCAAGCCAAAGACAUGCGCAAACAUGGCCGUCCCUCCUGCGUAUGCUGACCUCGGCAAAUCUGCCAAAGAUAUCUUCAGCAAAGGAUACAGCUUCGGGACUGUUAAGUUGGACCUGAAGACCAAGUCUCAGAAUGGAGUUGAGUUUUCCACCGGAGGCUCCAGUAACACGGACACCGGGAAGGCGGCUGGAAACCUGGAGACCAAAUACAAAGUGAAGGAUCUGGGCUUGACUUUAAACCAGAAGUGGAACACAGAUAAUGUUCUGACAAAUGAAGUGACUCUUGAGGAUCAGCUGGCCAAUGGUCUGAAGCUGGGACUGGACACUUCAUUUGUGCCCAACACUGGGAAGAAGAGCGCUAAGCUGAAGACGGGUUAUAAGCGUGAUUACAUGAAUGUGGGCAGUGAUAUAGCUUUCGAUCUGUCCGGACCGACGAUCCACGCCGCAGCCGUUCUGGGUUAUGAAGGCUGGCUGGCCGGGUAUCAGAUGGCCUUCGACGUGGCCGAGUCCAAACUGGCCCAGAACAACUUCGCUUUGGGCUACAAGGCAGGAGACUUCCAGCUACACACCAAUGUUAAUGAUGGCACAGAGUUCGGCGGCUCCAUCUAUCAGAAGGUGAACGGUCAGCUGGAGACAGCGGUGAAUCUGUCCUGGACCGCAGGGAGUAACAACACACGCUUUGGCAUCGCUGCCAAAUACCAGCUAGAUAAAGACUCCUCUAUCUCUGCCAAAGUCAACAACGCUAGUCUGGUUGGAGUAGGAUACACACAGAGCCUCCGGCCAGGUGUGAAACUCACUCUGUCUGCUCUGAUUGAUGCUAAGAACUUCAACACCGGAGGGCAUAAGGUGGGCAUGGGCUUCGAGCUGGAGGUGUAACCACGGACAGACGCCAUUAAUAGAAACUAAAGAAUUGAAAACACGUUGCCCUUUUCCCCCGUAAUUCCUCUUUAACUAAUCUGGCCUUAAACCUCAGUAGAACCAGUAAUAAACAGGUUCACCAGUCACUUGAUUCCUUGCCACACUGAUCCUCCAUAACCAGCUCAGUAUGUGACAUCAUCACCACAACAACAACAGCUUCCUCUCGGUUAUUAUGGCAACAUAUCAUAGCGCUUUUAAUGUUACACACGUGGCACCAUAUAAUUUCUUUUCUUUUUUUGUAAACUAGAUAAAUAGAGGUUUUGGUCACAGAAUCUGAUGCGUGCUGUGUUUUUAGUUCAUGGGUUUAAUGUUUAAUAAGAAACGCCUCUCUGAAUGUCAAGCCCCACACUUUCUUUGUAACGUUUAUUGCCAAAUGCAGAAUAUCUGAUCAGAGGUUUGUUGUCUGUGUUUGUGGGCUGGAGUUAUUAGAGGAUUAUAGGUCCAUUACUUGUUUUUAUCUCCGUAAAAAAGUCAUUUAUGUUAGAAGCAGAGGAGUAAAGAAGAAACUGAUGGUUUGGAACUCAAUAAAGAGGAAUGUUGACUGAAUAAAA